ACUUGCACACGAGCUAGGUCAUAUAGGUAACUAGAAGCAUAUUUGGUUUGGUUCAUGCUUCUCCUCCCAGCGUACAGGUUUCAGUUUCUUAGGACAUGUUUGGUUGGCAGCCACAUUUUGCCACACCUAAGGUUAGGCGGGUGACGCAGUUGUGGCAUGGCUAAGUUGUGGCAAAAACAGGGUUGUUUGGUUGGUUUCCAUAGCUUAGUUGAGCUGUGGCAAAUUGACCUGUUUGGAUAAUUGCCAUGUAACCUGCCACAGGUCUGGCGAAAAUGUGUGGAUAGUGUUUAAUUUUGGUAGCCAAAUAUGAUAGUCACCCCCGUUCAAUGAAGUGGUGAGUUUACUCUCUUAUGCUCAUGUGUGGGCACCCGCGAUGUCAUGUGACGGUGUCCGCUACCCGCCCCACUUGCAUUCUGAAUGUCAUUCAGUUCUUGUGAGUUGCAGUUGGGUGGUCCACUUCCAUCAUCCAAACCUGUUUCUGGAUAAAUGGCAAGGGAACCAUCAACAUUAUGCCCAUGAAAAGUUCUUGCAUUUCAUGAAAGGACUUCCAUGGUGUUAAAGAGCAAGUGCCUAGCCCUAUCCUGCAUGCAUGUGUAUAAUCUAAUCAGUAUCAUAAAUUUCUUUAGGAUGGUGUAUUUUAUAUGAACGAAAAAAACUUACACUAAGUUGUUCUUUUUCAGACUUUGAAAUAGCCACUUUACAUUUGGCUGCAUCAAAGCCAUCACUCCUAUUCAUAGCUGUCUCGACUAUCUUCCAAUUAUCCUUGUAGUCUGUAGUGACGAUCAGCUUGUUCAAGUGGAACCCCCACAACCAACUCUUUGUUUAAACUUUAAAGUAUCAACACACUUCAUACGGUGUUGCUUUUUGAAAACGAAGCCUGCAUGCUGCUCUGUUUCGGUACUCGAUGUAAAAAUCCAACAUGAACUUGGCCUGUUCAUGAUCCCAACUUACGAUUCUCUGCUGGGAAGCUCCAUCGCCAUCCAACUUUCCCUUUCCCUUUGCCAUUGCCAAUCCAAUGAGAAGAAAUGAUUUUUUAUGGAGUGACGAAAUGGGCAACAUCCGCAGUUCUCAGAAACCAGCCAUGGUACUCAAGAUUUUUCUUGGAUCUGGAUGGGGAUUUUGAGUGGAGUGAGUAGGGGGCUUGGAAACAAAAUAGAAGGGGGAUUUGGAGAGGAAUAGUUGAGAAGAUGAAGGCGAGAUUGGAGAGAAUGGGAGGAGGGGAAAAGACACGAGAGAGUUCACGCUUUCUUUUUGCCCAGAGUGGUGAACUACCCGUGUAUGUGCUAUCAUUUCCAUCCCGUGGGCAGUUGGAGGAACCCUGUUUUCUCCCACCACCUGAGGUGCGCCAAAGAUUUGGCGGACGAAUCCGGUGCCACAAAAUGGAUGAAAAAAGUGCGGCAAAGCAGUAGGAAGUGUGGCGAGAUUUUUGUUGCACGGUAAGCUAAUGCAGAGAAAUGAACACCAGCCUGAAGGAGUAUGACAUGCCUAACUUAAGGUAUUGCAAGUUAUGGGUCCCAACCAAACAUGCCCUUAUGAAGAUCGACUUGCCAUCUAAAAAAUACCAGGUUAAAUGGGCAUACCUUGUGAUCUCUAUUACCAAGCUUGUCAAUUAGUUUCCAGAGUUUGAGUUUGUUAAGAUAGGAAUAUGUCAGAGUUUUUCUUCCUUAAGCUAGAGUUGGAGUUUGUUAGGAAUGGUCUGAUCUCGUGGAUCAAUAAAUUUGUCCAUGGACUAGCGUGUAAGACCUAGAGGUAACAACGGAUCAAUAAUAAAACAGAAAAGGAGGCCUCUCCUCACAUCUGUGCUCUCAGGAGCUUGGUCUGUGACAGUUAGUGUUAAACGAUCUAAUUGCUUCAACAGAUAGGCAUUCAGCCUUCGACAAUGAUAUCUGUUUUAACAGACUGUUUGCACAGUUCGCUCAGUUGUUAUCCAUGCCAAAUACCGACCAGGUGGCCUAUGCAUUUUAUUUAUUUUGCUGUUAAAAAGCUUAUUGCUCCCCCGUUUCACACUAUAAGUCCAUGCGCACUAUCCAUACAUGCCAAGGAGUCAAGGAUACACUAAGUCUAACAGAGAGUUAAUGGUGAUUGAAACAUGAUUUUUUGCUUCAGUUCACCCUUUUUUUUAAUGAUUUUCGAUGCAGAUCAGUGGUUGAGACGAAAACUCACCCCUUGGUUGCAAAGUGCAUAUACAGUUUAAUUCACAUGGACUUCACUUGUCACUAACAACUCGCUAUGUGCAGGAGCAUUCCGAUUCACGUGCGAUACGAGUUUAUAUGCAAAUUGGGAUAUAUUGAUGUGUACAGAUAUAUUGAUGUAUACCAAUUCAGUCACAAUCUCUUAUUAAAAUAGGGGGUAUAGAUUGGGAAUCUUGCAAUAACUAUGCGCUUGAUUUCUUUCGAGCAUGAACAAUGCACUCAUUUCAAUGGUACCAAGGACUCAUAGGACUGAACCGAGUAAGUUUCAACACUAUGAGGGGGUGUCCAAGCUAGAAAGUUUCUGGUACUGGCAGCCCACCUGGUACCAAGACCACCAACUUUCCGAUUAUGACAUAGCAAAAGUAAAACUAUAUUUUCUUCAAGUUCUGCAUUGAGCCUUCGCUAGCAAAUUGAGGGACAAAGACAUAACUGUCGGUCCCAUCUGAUACUUAAGAGGAGGAAGUACAAACUGGAAGGAAAGAACUUAGUACUGCUGUGAUGUGGCACUCUUGGUAAUGGACCAGGUAGCUCACAUUGUCCAUCCCUUGGCAAUGGACCAGGAUGGAUUUGCUGAGUUGGAGACCUGGGAAGACCCCACUCCUAGGCCAUCACCCUUUACUCUCAAGGAGCUGGGUGAUGCCUGGGUUGCUGCUGCAAAGCGCCAGCUCAUUCGCAGGCCCAAGACACCGCCCCGUGAGGAGCUGCUAAGGCGCAGCCAAGAGCAUGACCAGAAGAGUUUGAUAAUAGCGUUGAACGUCUAUGCCAAGCAAAACAAUAUGCAACCUACUGACCUCGAGGUAAUAGAAGUGAAAGCAAGAAACCUAAUCAUCGAGGGGGGAAAGGGAUACGUACACUUUAACUUUCUUGUGAAAAUGCAAGGUGACCCAUCUAGUUUGUUCUUUGCGGAGGUGCAUCCAGAUUGUAGAGAGGAGGAGGAUGUGUAUCUUUGCACCCCUUUGGAAGCUAAUGACUCGGGUAACUGUUAUGGGUGCAAGGACCGUGCAAAAGAGCUUUUGCAUCCCACUAGCGGUGGCUACUUGGGUGGGCACAAAGAUGUUGUUUUCCCCUUCAUUUACGGAAGUGAUGAAGAAAGUGAAGAUGAGGCCUGAUUUCUCUUGGUUUCUUGCUUAAGUCUUAAUCUGAUGUGCUAGAGGGGUUAGUCUUAAUCUGAUGUGCUAGUGGGGUUGCGUACGACAAGAAAUGGUGUGGUGCUGGUUUGUGGUCGCAUCAAUUUGUUUUUUUUCCUUUGACUUUGAACUCAGUUCUUUGGUGGAUUGUACUCUGAGUAGAGCGAGCUGGCCUUAUGGUAAGGUGUUGUGAAGUUGCAAAAGAUUGAUUGAAAUUUCCUCUACAUCUCGUUUGCACUUGUAUUGGCAUCAGAAUUUUAGCCAUCAUUGCUCUAAACUUGGAUAUUGUUCUCGUAUGGAUGUAAUUUUUCCUAAUA